AUGCUUUUUCAUGCUCCCCGCACCCCUCCUUGGGCCAGCAGGCUAACCGCAGCCGGCGACUCCUCUCUACGGCCCGCUGUGGUCGAGGAGAGAAGACGGCCGUAUCCUUCUCCAGAAGCCGAGUCCAGCAGCUCCAAGAACACGCCACUGGCGCAGUUUCCCUUUUUCAAGAACUAUGGAGCCGAAAAGAAGACGACGCGAGACGGCCAGCCGCCGAAGAGAAGAGGCCCCAAGCCCGACAGCAAGCCUGCCCUCACGCGCCGCCAAGAACUGAACCGGCAAGCCCAACGAACCCACCGCGAGAGAAAAGAAAUGUACAUCAAAGCGCUGGAGCAAGAAGUCCUGCGCCUGAAAGAACUCUACACCACAUCGACCAAAGAGCGCGACGCCAUCGUGGACGAGAACCGGCGCCUCAAAGAGCUCCUCGCCAUGCACGGCAUCGCGUACGACCUUGCCAGCCCACCCGUAGGCAUGGGCGGGACGUCCAGCUAUGGCGGCAGCAGUUCGCGCGGCUCCCUCUCGGGCAGCUACAACCCCGGCUCCGCAUCGACAGGGUACACGUCGCCGCCGGCAGGUGCCGCAACGAUGGGUAUCGCGCCGCCGCCACCCCAGCAACAGCAGGCAGCCCAUGCCGCCCAGCAGCAGCAGGUGGACUACGCCCAGGUGGGCAUAGACUUUGUCUUAACGCUCGAAAAGCCCUGCAUGGACCACAUGCCGUACCUACUCGAGCGCAGCGCCAGCGCGCCAGACCUGCCAUCGGGGCACGCGCUGAUGGCGACCCACCACCAACAAGACACCCACACGCCCCCAACGGCCCCGGACUCAGCCCCACCUGCAAACCCCUCCCCCCCGGCCGACCUCCUCAAGCUGCUGGACCUCGCGAACAGACUGCCCAUCAUGGAAGGCGAGAUCACGCCUGUGAUGGCGUGGGCGAGCAUUUUAAGGGACGAGCGGGUGCGAAGAGGGGGAUUGGGGAGGGGCGAGUUUGAGUGGUUGAGGGGGGAGCUGGGGGGGAAGGUGAGGUGCUAUGGGUUCGGCGCCGUGCUCGAGGACUUUGAGGUCCGUGACGCUUUGAGCAGUGUUUUUGCUGCCAAGUGCCAGAUCGGCGGCGGUGGCGUGGGCGGCGGGGUUGGUGGUGUUGUCGUUGCGUCGCUCUAG